UCAAUAGAAGAAAGCAUACUGAUCAUUCGUGGCGGAGAAUGUUUUCAUUUCUCGGCGUUUGUACUAAUAUCGUCGAUUUUGUGACACGACAACAAUUCUUGCCUCCCGUGCGUUCACCUUGUUAAAUGUAAUCAACGUCAUGGACAUACGCGGAAUAGAAGUUACGAAUCAGUUGCGGAUGCCUUAUCAUUCUCUUUUACAGAGUGCUAUUCGUGCUAAAUUAUUGGAACUGGGGAUAAGAUACGAUGAGGAACUGCCAGAUUAUAUUUUGGUGAUGGUUGUAAAUAAAAAGUCUCGUCAGCAGAUGCACGAGGAUCUGUAUCUGUUUCUGGAAAACUGCACAACACCGUUUGUCGAUUGGCUGCACGAUCAGGUAUUGAAAAAGUUGCAGAAGGUUACCAUUGCCAAGAAAAGAUCGUUGAGAGAGUUUGUGCCGACAGUCGUCGUAAAGCAGGAGGAAGAAAGGAAAAAGAAAAAAACAUCAACGACUUCGUUCUUGGAAGAUCAGGCUGCCAAUCAAACCGUUGAGAAGUCUUCCAACAAAAGUGUGAAGGAUGACAAGUCACUGCAUAAGCAAACUGCAAAGACAUCCUUGUUCAAUCAAAAGUUGGAGACUACGCAGAGUAAGAGCGUGGAGAAGCCUGUGAAAAAUGUCGGUAAUGAAGUUAAGCAGGAUGGUGCAUCAAAUCACGCUGUUGCCCAGCAAUCUACCACCAAAAGAACACAAGCGAGCGACAGUCAGAAUGCUAAAGAAAUAAAUAAAGAAGUUUCAACUUUUGAAUCUUCUUCCAAUAACAAAUCUAGAGAGUCUCAUACUGACACAAAGGUAGAUGAUGGAUCAUCUAGAAAUCUGAAGAGAUCACUGGAUACGGCGAACAGUUAUAAAGAAAGCUGCUUGGAGAAGAAGCAGAUUGAAGCGAAGAGGUCAAAAGUCGAGGGGGACGAUGAGGGUACAGUAGAGGACAACGCAAAGAGAUUGAAGUCUUGCGUUAACAAGCCAAAAGUUACGUCUGUCGUAUCUGUAAAAAAUCGUUUGGGCGUCGUGUCAUCGAGAAAGAAGUUCGAGGUCCACCGAGAGAAAAUCAAUUCCGAGAGUCGGUACAGGCAGAACGAGAAGCGCUUCGAGAAGCAUCGGGUCGACAAUCGGAGUAAUAACUUUUCACGGGGGAGGGUCUUCGAUGCGGAGGAUCGUAUGAAAAGGAACCGCGAGAUCCAACUGAAGCACAAUGAGCCUGACAAAGUCAGUAGUAUAAAGACUCGACUGGGCAAUUCCAAGGUCGAGAAAGCAACCAAAAAUUUAGAGGUAAGGGAAAAGGCGAAUUCUAAUCUAAAGUCGAAAUCUAUAGAAAAAACCACGGGUACCAUUAAAGACCGUUUGGGGAUUGCAAGUACCAAUAAAUCCCCUAAACAGUUAGGGAAUAAAGAUUCUAUAGAAUUUAAGAGCAAGCGCUUGGAACAAGAUCGUGACACUCUGGCCAACAAUAAGAAUAUAAAGAACAGACUGGGACCAUUGAAGAAUAAUUUCAAACCUGCGAGCGUGAAGUGUGGCUUUAAUUCGUCGAUCAGGCGUUCUCAAAGUAGCGAGGACGACGACUACCUCAAUCUAGGUGCAGAAGAGGAAUUGGACGAUGAGACACAAUCUGUAGGUACAGUCGGACCUAUCAAGUCUCACAUAAUAGCUGUAAAUAAGCCUGCGCCAGCUAAGACUGACAGGAAACGAACGAAAUCGUUAGAAAAGAAUAAUAAAGAAUGCAGCGAUGCGGAUGAGGAAGUUGAAGAGACCAAGAUACCCAGUAAAGUAAUCGUAACGCCAAGACCUUUGAAACCGUUACAACCAACGCAGAAACGCGCCACACAGUCACUUUUAUUGAGAGCUGUCGCAGAGGCAAAUCAGUCUGUUGUUACGCAAAAGAAUCCCGAGCCAUCAUUACUGAAAUUUUCACAAGAAAAGAAGCAGACGUUGAAGCAUCUUAAAUCAGCUGCUGUACGGGACAUAGGUCAAAAUUUAUCAGUACAUUUGAAUUCCAACAAAAGAUUGGUCAUGGAAAAGAUACAAGUGGAAUUGAAUACAGAUGUUAUUGUACGGUCUGUAGAUGUACCGCAACCAGUUACCGAGGAACACAUGGGUGUUGUAAUGUCUUUAUUUCAAAGGAGCGACGACAACCAAAAAUUUUUAGUUACACUCAACGGAUAUAACAACAACUUAAUGAAAGAUAAGACUACAUCUGACGAUGAUGAACAACUGGAAAUGGAGGUGAAUGAGGAGGAUGAGCUUGCACUAUCAACAAUCCAAAAUGACGUAUACGCUCAGAAUGAGUCAGAAGCUUCUGUUUUUCAAGUAACGGAAAUGGAAACCGAAGGCGAUAUAAGCGUGAAAGACAGAACGGAAGAGAACAAUGAAAACUGUAAUACGGAAAACGUCGAAAAAACCGAUGAGAUACCGAAAAAAAGGAGAAGACUAAGCCCGAUUGUUUAUAAUAGAUCCCAUUCACCAAGCCCCACGGACUUAAAGUCCAGCACGUUAUUAACGACCCCAUUAUUAACUAAACGUCUAGAUAAAAAACCAUUAACAGAGAACACGGUAACGGUGAUAGAUAAGUCAAAAGAAAAAUGUAGAUACUGGCCAAAUUGUACAUUAGGGAAUAAGUGCGCGUAUCUUCAUCCCCUUGUUAUGUGCAGUGCGUUCCCUGCGUGUAAGUUCGGAGACAAGUGCGCUUACAAACAUCCCAAAUGUAAAUUUGGUUUGUCUUGCACAAAACUAGGAUGCGUGUUCUCUCAUCCCGCCCAACAGUGCAAGUAUCAUCCAUUCUGCACCAAACCAGCGUGUCCAUAUUCACACCCAGUACCGGUCGCUGUGGAGACGUCUAGUCAAAGGGCGAAAUUCACGUGGCGCAGGCGAGACUGAGUCAUACCAUUAUACAAACGAUGUACAAAUUUCCCUUUCCUCUAGCGAUAGAUUGACAUGUACAUUAGCAAGGAUACUAUCACACGACUACCUGGUUUACAGUAAUAAAACCCGAUGCAAAAGUAGCAGAUAACAGUAGUAGUAAAUUAAUGCUGCCAAUUACAUUAAGUUAGGUGCGUUAUCAGUAAGUGAAUUAAUGAACGAUCGAAAAAAGUAUUAAGAAUCUUUGCUUUUUACUCGGAUAUUAUCUUGCAUAUUCAUAGAUCUAUAGUUUCCGUUUUUUGCGCACGUAUUGCACUUUACGAAUGUAGUAUUACAGUAGCACACUUCUUCUAUCUAUCAUGAUCAAAGAUCUUUCCUUAGGGUAUAUCUUUCAUUGCUGACGAUAGUAUUCUUGCUGAUAGAUAAAAACAAAAAAAUGAUAUUCUACUUUGUACAAAUGAACAGAUCUACGUUUCUGUUCGCAAACUUCUGGACGAAAUUUCGACUCCCAUCCAAUUUGUAUCAUACAUCACGUCGACUCGCGCAGCAGCGGCUUGCAUUUCUCGAGUAAUACGUUUGAUAGCGUUAUAAUUUUAUUCGUCCCCCCCAGUCUACGGAUUACGGACAUUACCGUGAUCUAUCAUUUCGACGAUCAGUGGACUGUCUUUACUCGUUUCUCUCGUAGUUUUAAGAAAGCACCGAUGAAAUAUAUUGGUUCGAAAUUAAAUACGUCUUUAAC